AUGGUAAUUGCAGAGUGGGAAUUAGAUGGAAAAGUUCAUGCAGUUGUGCAUGAUAAUGCUGCGAAUGUUGUAUCCUCAGUUCUUUUAGUUGAAAACGUGGAGAAUAGUAUUUGUUGUGCUGCACAUACAAUACAAAUUUGUGUGAAAACUGCUUUAAAAUCGGUGAAGUUAUAUUCACUCAUAUUGAAGAAAGCUAGUACUAUGGUUAGUCAUUUUCAUCAUUCCAAUGUUGCAGCUUCUGUUUUACGAAAGACACAACGGCAGUUUGAAUUGAAAGAACUCAAACUAAUUCAAAGCUGCGCCACUAGAUGGAAUUCGUCUUAUUUGAUGUGUGAAAGGCUUCUAGUAAAUCGAGGUGCUAUCAUCGCAGUUUUAGCAGACAGAGAGGUAACUUCUGCUGCGUUAGCUUUGAAACUUGAAAUAAACGAAGGGGAAUGGACAGAAAUGGAAUCAAUGAUUAAGCUCUUAAAGCCUUUGCAAGUUGCAACAGUGGUAUUAUGCGAGGAAAAUGUUACAAUUUCUAUACUCCGACCAAUUAUUUAUGGGUUAAUCAAUAAACACAUGCUAAUAAAAUCUGAAGACAAUGAAAAUGUAAGAAACUUCAAUGAAGAUAUAAAUCAAAAUUUACAAAAGAGAUUUAAAAUGAAGAGGCAGGAAUAUGAUGAAGUAUUUAUAGAUCAAAUAUCUUGUUUUCUAGAUCCAAGAUACAAAUAUUUAGAGACAGAAACUGAUGAAGUAAAAGAAAAUGUAAGAAAACGUGUACAAAAUUUAUUACAGACAACGAGACUAGCUGAAUCUAAUAAAGUCGUAAGUGAGGAGAUUAGUGCAAUGGAUUUUUUAUUGGAUGCAAAAUCAUAUGGGGAAAACGAAAGUGAAUUCGAUAUGUACUUACGUGAACCUCAAUUAAACCAUAAUGUAUCCAAUCCCCUUAUAUGGUGGAAAAAUAAUGAGUUGAAAUAUCCAAAUCUGGCAUUUUUAGCUAAAAAAUAUUUAUGUGCACCGGCAACAUCAGUUACAUCGGAACGUUGUUUUUCCACAGCAGGAAACAUUGUAACAUCUAAAAGAAGUUGUCUUUUGUCAGAAAACGUUAAUUUACUGACGUUCUUAAAAAGGAAUCAAAAUGCCUUCAAUCGUUGA